AACCCAGAAGAAAGGAGACGGCGACAUUGUCGCAACAAUGUUUCCUGUUUGACGCGUUUCCCCCCCUCCGAGGACGAUGGUAGCAGUCGAGCGGAAGUCCCUGAAUCAGUCAGUUGCUGCGAGGAGCUACAGGAAGAAAGUUGGGCACAUUAUUGCUGAGUGAAAAGUCUUGUUCAUUUUAGGCAUUGGGAGAUGAGGCGAAGGCAAAAGAGGCUUCUUCAGGCGGCUGGCUUAAUCAUUCUCACUGUGGUGUUCGUGCCAAACAUCGGGCUAUGGUCUCUUUAUAAAGCAAAUCAGCUAACGAGCCCGGCUGAAUCGGUACAGGGGUUACCAAUCAAGCCAAGACAAAAAGCCAUUUUCAUUGGUGAAGAGGUAAGGAAGAAAGACUGGCAUGACAAUGAAGCAAUCAUCGCAGAUGCAGCAAGAAUAGGGUUUGGAGAACAAGGGAAACCUGUUCCAUUGUCCGAUGAAGAUCAAACUGAUAAAGCAUAUAGUGAAAAUGGUUUCAAUAUCUAUGUGAGUAAUAAGAUCUCCCUGAAUCGGAGUCUCCCUGACAUUCGCCAUCCAAACUGCAGGAAGAAGUUGUAUAUGGAGAAACUUCCAAAUACCAGUGUCAUUAUACCAGUUCACAAUGAAGGCUGGUCCUCGCUUCUUCGAACUGUGCACAGUGUCCUUAAUCGCUCCCCACCUGAGCUUAUUGGAGAAAUCAUACUUGUAGAUGACUUCAGUGAUAGAGAACAUUUGAAAAAGCGGCUAGAGGAAUAUGUGGCACAGUUUCCGAAAGUCAGAAUUAUGCGAACGAAAAAACGAGAGGGUUUAAUUCGCACACGACUACUGGGGGCCUCAGUGGCAACUGGAGACGUACUAACUUUCUUGGAUUCUCACUGUGAAGCCAAUGUUAAUUGGCUGCCCCCAUUGCUUGAUAGAAUUGCUCAGAACCGCAAAACAAUUGUGUGUCCCAUGAUUGACGUUAUUCACCAUGACCAUUUUGGAUAUAGUACUCAGGCUGGUGAUGCCAUGCGAGGAGCAUUUGACUGGGAAAUGUAUUAUAAACGUAUUCCCAUUCCACCAGAAUUACGCAAACCUGAUUCAAGUGACCCCUUUGAAUCACCUGUCAUGGCUGGUGGUUUGUUUGCUGUUGACAGAAAAUGGUUCUGGGAAUUGGGUGGAUAUGACACAGGUUUGGAUAUUUGGGGCGGAGAACAGUAUGAAAUAUCAUUCAAGGUGUGGAUGUGUGGUGGACGGAUGGAGGACAUUCCUUGCUCCAGAGUAGGGCACAUCUACAGAAAGUACGUUCCCUACUCCUUUCCAGGUGGAGGUGGCUUGCCUAGAAAUUUGAAAAGAGUUGCUGAAGUUUGGAUGGAUGAAUAUGCUGAGCACCUCUAUCAGCGAAGACCAGAAUUCAGACAUAUCGCUGCUGGUGAUGUGAGUCAACAGAAAGAACUGCGGAAUUCCCUUAACUGCAAAAGCUUUAAGUGGUUCAUGACUGAAGUGGCAUGGGAUUUGCCAAAGUACUAUCCACCCGUAGAACCUCCAGCAGGUGCAUGGGGUGAGAUUCGCAAUGUUGGUACUGGACUGUGUGUGGAUAGUAAACAUGGGUCAUCUGGCACACAGCUGAAACUAGAUGUAUGUGUCAAAGAUAGUAAAGACAGAUCAUGGUCUCAUGAACAGAUAUUCACAUUGGGUUGGCGAGAAGAUAUUCGUCCUGGAGAUACCUUGCACACUACAAAAUAUUGUUUUGAUGCAAUUUCACAUAACAGCCAAGUAACACUUUUUGAUUGUCAUGGAAUGAAAGGAAACCAAUUGUGGAAGUAUAAAAAGGGCAAGAUUUUGUACCAUCCAGUCAGUAACAGCUGUAUGGACUGCAGUGCAAAAGACAAAAUUAUUUUUAUGAACAUCUGUAAUCCUUUGUCUCCCACACAACAAUGGCUAUUUGAAAAUAUAAAUGCAACAGUCUUGGAAAAAGUGAACAUCAAAGAUUUGUAGUGAAUAGAAAACUACUCUAUAUAUAAAUUAUUCAUUUUUUAUUACUGAUGUUUUUAAGGGUUUUGUAGUGAAAUCCAGGUUUUUUUUAUAAUAAUGGCUUUUUGGAAGGUUUAAUCUCAGGAAAGAACUGGUACAAGUAGGUAUUUAUUAAUGGUGAUAUCACAUACACACCUGCAGUGAACCAGUGCUUGAAUGCUGAAAUAUUAAAACUUGAGCCAAUUUCUAGUGCCUUGCAAGUGAAAAGCAGAGCCUGUGAAUUUGACAGUGGUUCAGAUCAUAUUCUGGUAAUUAGCUUUCUCAUUAUUUAGUGAUUUAAUUUCUGAAUUGAGUAAAAACAUGUUAUUUGGUAAAUUCAUGCAAGUAGUUACGUAGAUUAAUUGAUAUUAUUUAAAAGCAAACUAUGGGGUGAAAACUAAACUUGAUGGCAAAUGUUUUCUAAAUAGAUAAAAAGGCUAUUUAAUUUUAUCAAUACAGCAUGGUAUGCUGUGAUUUCAAAAGUCAUUUGAUAAUAUACCAUAAUAGUUUAUCCACUAUUUAAUUUAUUUACCCUAACUCCUUGAUACUUUUGAAAGAACACUAUUGAAAUGAUAUUAAAUGUUUUAUGGUGCCUACUUGAAUAUAUACUGGGAGAGGACAUUCAAAUCAAAUUCACAAUAUUGAUAUCUACAUGUAAUUAUAUAAUAUCAGGACUUCAAAUUUAUUUAAUUCUUUUUACUUCGCACUUUAGCAAUUUUUUAACGUUACCAACCUUGAUGGUAGAAAUGACAAUAAUUAGAGUGUGUAAGAAUCUUUUAAAUGCCAGUAACAAAAUUUCAUUAAUCCCAGAGAGAUAUUGCAUAGAUGAUCUGUUUUAGCCUUUAAUGGUUAAGCAUGAUUUUGCAUUUAGUUCAAGAUGAUACCAAUCAGUAAUGUAGAUAAACAUAUUGCAGAAUGUCAGGGGAAGUGCCAUUGGAAUAACAUAUUCAAUGAAUUAGGGUUAAUUAUUAUCGAUAGGAUUAUGUAUAUUUUUUUUAUUAAUUUUUUUAAAAAAUAUUCCAAUUGAGAGCAUAAAUAAUUAAUUAAAUUAUGAUUGAAUUCAGAACUUCAUAUACAAUUUUUUUUUGUUUCUCCAAGGAAGAAGUACUCUUUUCAUAAUAAGCAAAAAACAAAGAAAAAAUACCAUAGAAUCUGGAAACCUGAAACAAAAAUGGAAAAUGCUGGAAAUACCCAGAAGAUCAGGGUUCAUCUGCAGGAAGAGAAACAGCGUCAGGUCUUCAGGCCAGAGACUCUUUGUUAGAACUGAUAAAGUUGUGACACGGAGUCUCUAAUCUGAAACUUUCUCUUCCAACAGUUGCAGCCUGACCUGUUGAGUAAAUCCAACAUUUUAUGCUACUUGUAUAAUGUUUUCCCAAAUGAAAAGAGUUAACAUCAGGUGGUAAAAGAUAAUUUAAACUUAUUAUUUCUACUCAUACUUGAACGGAUGAACCACCUCCUAUCAUACUUCUCAUUCUCCUAACAACGUGGUCUUUUAUUUCAUUAUUCGACACAUUUGUAGUCAGAAACGUUGCAAUGUUUUCCUACCCCUGAUACACUAUAAGUAGUUCUUUUUUUAUGGUUUGUGCACUGGCUGUUGCUUUUAUUGUCAAGAGUUGCACUUAUUAUUUGCCCCCCAAAGCAACUGAGAAGGUGAUGAACCACAGCCAUUAAUUGUCAUAGUAUUUUGUGAAGUUUUCCCUACAUCACAGUUAGUUAAGGAUUUUUGACUCUUAAAUUCUGUUUGCUCUUCUAAACUGUUUUUUUGUAUGGCACCUGGUUUUGGGGCUCCUUACCAGCAGAAUCUGCUUUUUGCAACAGCUGAAUCUGGGAUAAUGGUAUUUUAAAAGUUAAAUGGUAAACAAUUGUGUUCUAAUCUUGGCUUGGAUAAGUAUUUUUGAUUUGUAUAUUGUUCAUAAAGAUCAUUUUUUGUAAGCAGCAUGUGAAUAAGCUUUUAGUACAUUGUGAGGUGGUGGAAUGCUUUUCUGAGGAAUCAGUCAUUUUAUGUAAUAACGACAUGUAAAAUUACUGUUUUGUACAUAUGAAGACCAACUAUCUUGUACAGCUAUUGAGAGAAAAUGUAAAUAUGGAAAAUGUAUAUUUGAUAUAUUCUGUUUAUAAGGGCACUCAUAAUACAUUGUAUGGCAAAAAGUUGAAAUGUAUGUGACUUGACCAUUUGCAGCCCAGGGUGACACCUGCACAUCCUUCUGUAUCUUGGAAAUACAUCACCUCUUCUAUGCUGCGCCUUGUUCAGAAACCACUUGUACUCCUUUGAGAAGACACUUCACAUUCAGGACAAUGGCGCCAUUGAACAAAUGGCUUUUACACUUCAAGCUCUAAAGGCUGGACAUCCUAUUAUAGCUACGAUGAUGGCAAAGAAUGUUGGUAAAAUCUCAUCCUGAAAUUUGGUUACUUAAGUGACUUUUGUACAUGCCUACUUUAGAAAUAAUGUGAUUAUUUAAACAACUAAUCAGUUGCAAGUAAAUAGUCUGGGUCACGUACUUGGAAGAAAUUCACCUGAAUAUGGAAGAGAAAGCAAUGAAAAUCAUAUUAAUGUACAGCAAUAAAAUAAUUUGGCAGUUCUUAAAAUAAAGUAGAAUUUAUACUGGUUUACACUCUGGCUGACCUUUGAUAAUUUGAUUAUCUUGGGAUGAAGUG